GUUUCUGAAGCUUUGUACUGGUAAAUCACUCUAGGGAAGCUGUUUGAAAACUUUUAAUGUCUCACUGAUUUUGUGUACAAUGAAGUUCUUUCUAGCUUUGACGAUUUGCAUUCACGUUGUUGUGUCUAAGGUUUCCAUCGAUCCACACGAGGAGUUCGUAAAAUGUGACAAUGGAAUGCCGAUGUUUUCGAUGGAUUUCAGUGGAAUGGAAAUUAUUCGCGAAGAAGAUGGAACAAUCAUUGCCGAUGGCAAAGUUAAAGUCCUUAAGGAUUUCAACGUUCCAAUGAAGAUUUACUACUACACCAAAAAACUGGAACGUGGUGCUUGGAACCGUGGACUGCUCAGUAGAUUGGUGCCGGAUUUCUGCGCCACCAUGAACAAUCCCGUUGAGCCGUGGUACAACGUUACGAGACAUUUACCGCCAUGUCCUUUCAAAGCUGGUCAAGAGAUAGUGUUGGACAAAAUGAUGGUCGGGAAGGUUUGGGAAACCAUUCCGCCGAAUUUUAUCGGGGAGUGGAGAUUCUACACGGAAAUGACGACCACCCGAGGAGCACUUCCGGAGACUGAAUGCAAGCUGAUGGAAGUUUCGGUGGUGGAGCAUUAAGGACAUUCGAUGCCUUUACAGGAUAUCAUGUUAAAAAUUUGUAACCAUCAUUUAUUGACAGAUUAAUCUUGAAACAACUAUUACAUAUGGUGAAUUAAAUGCGAUAUUUCUAUCAGAUUA